GUACAGUGAAAUCUGCCUGUCUGUCUAGUGGAGAAGCGGAGUCGUGGAGCUCGGAUGGGAUAGCCUACUCUCCCGAUGCUAGUGGAGUGAAGGUGUAUCUGUCGGAUAAUAUGCUACCGAUCACUCUAGAAAAAAGACGUCGCCGAUUCAGUUCCAUCUGAAAUAGGCUACACUGGUGACGGAUAUCCAAGCGGAUUGCCUCGUGAUUCCAGCAUUGAUGGCAAGAAAAUAAUUAUUCCCCAAAACAAGACGCGGCUUCUGUGGUCAACCUGUCUGCGAAAGCACAAAUUAAAACGCGCAUUUCAAUAAUUUACCCCACAUUCAUACAACAAGUUUCAGCGAUCUUACUUGUUUUUUUGGACCUUUGCAUUUUCCCCUUCAGCCAUGGACGAAGACAAUCAAGUACCUGAAGACCUUUCCUUGGAAGAGAGAGAUGAGCUGUCAAACAUACGACGCAGGAAAAAAGAGCUACUGGAUGACAUUGAGCGGUUGAAGUUUGAGAUUGCAGAGGUGAUGACUGAGAUCGAGCAGCUAACCUGCGUGGGAGAGAGUAAAACAACACAAAGAAAUAAACAGAUCGCCAUGGGAAGGAAGAAAUUCAACAUGGACCCCAAAAAGGGGAUCCAGUUUCUGUUGGAGAACGACCUUCUCCAGCACACUCCUGAGGACGUAUCCCAGUUCCUCUACAAAGGAGAGGGCCUCAACAAAACUGUCAUAGGGGACUACUUAGGAGAGAGGGACGACUUCAACCUCAAGGUGUUGCAGGCAUUCGUAGACCUUCAUGAGUUUGCAGAUCUCAACCUCGUACAGGCUUUACGACAGUUUCUGUGGAGUUUCAGACUGCCUGGUGAGGCUCAGAAGAUCGAUCGUAUGAUGGAGGCCUUCGCUUCGCGGUACUGCUCCUGCAACCCUGGUGUCUUCCAAUCCACAGACACAUGUUAUGUCCUGUCCUUCGCCAUCAUCAUGUUGAAUACCAGCCUCCACAACCCCAACGUCAGAGACAAGCCCCCCGUAGAGAGAUUCAUCUCCAUGAACAGAGGCAUCAACGAGGGAGGAGACCUGCCAGAGGACCUACUCAGGAAUCUCUAUGAGAGCAUUAAGAGUGAACCCUUUAAGAUCCCAGAGGAUGAUGGGAACGACCUAACUCACACGUUCUUCAACCCAGACAGAGAGGGAUGGCUGCUCAAACUGGGGGGAAGAGUGAAGACCUGGAAGAGAAGGUGGUUCAUUCUGACAGACAACUGCCUGUACUACUUUGAGUACACAACAGAUAAGGAGCCUCGUGGGAUCAUCCCCUUAGAGAACCUCAGUAUCAGAGAGGUGGAGGAACCCAGGAAACCAAACUGCUUCGAGCUCUACAACCCCAACCACAAGGGUUCGGUGAUCAAGGCGUGUAAGACGGAGGCGGACGGCCGGGUCGUCGAGGGCAACCACACGGUGUACAGGAUAUCGGCGCCCACGACUGAGGAGAAGGAGGAGUGGAUCAAGUCCAUCAAGGCGAGCAUCAGCAGGGAUCCCUUCUAUGAUAUGUUGGCCACCAGGAAAAGACGGAUUGCCAACAAGAAGUGAGCAGGGACACCCCUCAUCCCAGGACAUCCCAAACUGGGACACCCCUCAUCCCAGGACAUCCCAAACUGGGACACCCCUCAUCCCAGGACAUCCCAAACUGGGACACCCCAAACCCCCUUUCCUCAGCCCACCAAUCCUCUUCCCCAGACAGACCUUACUCAUGAAGUUAAACACCCCUUCCACCCUCCCUCCCUCCCCCCCCCCCCCCCCUCCCUCCACUCCCACGGACAGACUCCACUCAUGAAGUUCCCUCCCUACUAUCCCUCUCCCCCAAGGCCCCCAGAGCCCAACUUGUCACUAGAGAGAUGAUGGCCAACCAAAGAUAGCCAUCUGACCCUUCAGACCCUGAUAGAACUCGCACCCGGUCUUGAAGACAACGAGGACAGUCUCCGGUCUUGAAGACAACCCCCGUCCCCAUUCUGGACACUUCCCCAGCCCUGGCUGCAGUACCAGGGGCUGGAGUUACAGGGACAUGACGUCCCAGGACUAAAGCAGAGGACCAACACAGGGAGACAUCCCUCUAUAGGACCAGUGUGGUUCAGCCACACUACAGAUUACCGAGGGAAGCCAGUGGGAUGUAUUAACAUGUAUUAACACACAUUCUCUGUCUCUCUCAUCUCUUUACUCCCCCAUACUGCCCUCCUGUGUUCCCCACAUUCGUUCUGAUUACGUCCAUGUGUUUCUAGCAGGGGUUGGAGCAGAAAUUAUUACCCAAUCGUUCCAUUCCGAGCAGAAACCCUAUUUUUUUCAUUCCGUUCCAGUGUUCCGACCAGAAAAUACAGUUCUGAACCAGUUCCAACCAUCAAAAAGUAACAGCUUAUAUAUAUCAUUUUCAUAAAAUGUUUAACCUGUGAAAUCAACAUGUAUUUAGCAAAUUUUUACUCCAACAAUUUUUACUCCACCAAUUAGUGCCGAUAGAGCAGCUUGCUAUGGAACGGGUUAGAUUGUUGUUUACAUUUUUAUUUGGUCACAUAAGUGCAGGUGUGAGAUGCGACUUAUUUAAAUGUAAUGGGUGGGGCAAGAGUGAGAGAGAGGGGUGGACAUGGAGGGGGCUUGGCUUGAAGCUCUAAACAUCAUAACAGGUCUUGAAUUAGAAUGAGUGUAGGGUAUUACUAGCCUUAUACACCGAAUUACAGAAUAUUAUAUACUAGAAUUUAUAUUUAUUUAUUUUUGGAACUCAAAAGAACAUUGGUUCUCAAGAUUUGAAAACAGUUAAGGGUUAUGUUAUGUUCCAGAACACUAGGGAUCACUUUUGUACAUGGUUCUGUUUCUGUUCCUCAAAACAUGCAUUUAUUUUUCUGUUCUGUUCCCUGAACUGGUUCCAACCCCUGCUUUCUAGGUCUUCUGCAUUUGGGCGACUUGAAAAGCAAAACUGCAAUUUUUCACAUACACAUGCAUGUAUGUCUGUUUAUAGAUAUACCAUAAAGUGCAUUUAGAAGUG